CCACGCCUCCCCGAGGCUCCUCCCACGCCGCACGGCCGGGGAGUCUCCGACCCAGUUCACCUGAGCCCCGCAAGGGACAUGGUGACCCUGGCGUGGGGUGCGAGCCGGCAAGACCGAGGGCUUCAUGCGGAAGGGGGAGCAAGUCCGGCCGAGCGCUCGAGGGUCUCUACAGUCAGAAACAAGGCGGAGGCGCGCCCGGUGCCUACUUGAUGCUCAAAGUCCCCACCAGAAGCCAAGUUUGGUGGGCUCGCAGCCAACCACCGAAGGCGACAGAAAGUCCUGUUACACCUGUCCCAAGCCCUGGCCUGCUCUGACCCAGUGCCGACAGGACUAGAAUCCGGAGCGCUGCGAUUCUCACUUGAAGCCUCUUCGGCCUUUGCUUCUCAGGUGCUGUCAUUAAUUUCAGGCCAGUGAAAAGUGACUGGGGCUACACAGUCAUGGGAGAGCCCAGUAGAGAUGAGUAUAAAAUCCAGUCUUUUGACGCAGAAACCCAGCAGCUGCUGAAGACCGCCCUCAAAGAUCCAGGCGCUGUGGACUUGGAGAAAGUGGCCAAUGUGGUUGUGGACCAUUCUCUGCAGGACUGUGUGUUCAGCAAGGAAGCAGGACGGAUGUGCUACGCCAUCAUCCAGGCGGAGAGUAAACAAGCAGGCCAGAGUGUCUUCCGGCGCGGGCUCCUUGACCGGCUGCAGCGGGAGUAUCAGGCCAGGGAGCAGCUGCGAGCUCGCUCCCGGCUGAGCUGGGUGUGCUAUGUCACCUUCAUCUGCAGCAUCUUUGACUACUUGAGGGUGAACAACAUGCCCAUGAUGGCCCUGGUCAACCCUGUCUAUGACUGUCUCUUCCAGCUGGCCCAGCCUGAGAGUCUGAGCAGGGAAGAGGAGGUAGACUGCCUAGUGCUGCAGCUGCACCGGGUUGGGGAGCAGCUGGAGAAGAUGAAUGGGCAGCGCAUGGAUGAGCUUUUUGUCCUAAUCCGGGAUGGCUUCCUGCUGCCAAUAGACCUUAGCUCCCUGGCCCGGCUGCUGCUGCUGGAGAUCAUCGAGUUCCGGGCGGCUGGCUGGAAGACCACUCCUGCUGCCCAUCAGUACUACUACAGCGAGGUUCUGGACUGAGCGAGGCCACACCUUUCUAUGAUCCCCCUUCCCUCCCUCUGGAGCUGUGGAGAAAACAGACCCGGUCCCUGGCUGGAGACCGCCCAGCUUCCCUCUUCCUCCAAGUCCUUUCAGCUUCCGCCUGGGCCAGGCAGGAAAAGGCAACUCCUAACAACCACUGAACUGUGUAACCACUGGCGCAAUACUACUACCUUGGUGCCUCAGUUUCCCCAUCUGUAAAAUGGGCCGCUGGUGGGAUGCUCUGGGACAUUAAGGGCAGCAGAGUUACAAAUGACCUGAGAAAGUGUUCUCUACGUUUUGUACAGAGACACUGUGGAGAGGCCUGCAUCUUCCCGUCUGUUUCCAUCAGUGACAGGGCCUCGCCAGGUCAGGGGGAGGGUUUCUAAUAAAUCUUUUCUGUAACCAAACUGCUUCCU